CAGGUUGUUUCAGUCCUUCUCGCGCUUGUGUCCUAUUCAACCACCCGCCGCCCACACACACAGACAUACGGUACGGGAGUACAAAUGCACUCACUCGCCUGACUCACUUCGAGGCACUGAGUGUCGAGGUAGUAGAUGUUGUUCUAGUUGAAGGUCGCCAUCAUGCUCGCUCCGAUGGUCGCACGGUUGACCCUGAAAUAGCGACACAAACACACAAGCCGCGUGUCUUUCCCCUCUCCUCUUUUCUGCCUCCCUCCCUCCCUGCCUGCCUGCCUGCCUGCCUAGGUGCCUGGCUCACUCACUCACUCACGUGAGCUUGAUGAGGAUGAAUAGCCAGCAAGCGACACCACACAGACCGGCACAUGUAAUGGCUUUGUUCGCUGCCUGCAUGACGGUAAUCACCAGAGCGAUUGACAAAAGGACACAAAAUAUUUUCCUGCCACCUACACAUAAAGGACACCAGUCAUGAUUGAUGGUGUGCUUCUCUCUGUUCACUCACGUGUGACCGGAUGUGUGGGGGUGGUGUGAGUGUCUAGUGGUUGAUGUUGGUGUAGUUGAUGUGGUUGGCCACCGAGCCGUCGUCCACCCGCACCAGCAUAAAGUUCGGCGACACGCGAGCGUUGUGUCUCCUUCGGUUGAACGACACCAGUGCGGCGCGACCACCUGCAGCGACAUGUCGCUGGUGACGAUGUUGGGGCACUCAGUGUCGAGAUAGUAGAUGUUGUCCCAGUUGAAGGUCGCCAUCAUGCCAAAUCCCAGGGAGGCACGGUUGACCCUGAAACAGCGACAUAAACACACAAGCCGCGUGUCUUUCCCCUCUCAUCUUUUCUGCCUCCCUGUCUGCCUGCCUACCUGCCUGUAUAGGUGCCUGGCUCACUCACUCACCCGACCUUGAGCAUGACGUCGUCGCGGUGGACAU